CCCCCGGCCUGGGGGAUCCUGCCCGUCACGCUGCCUGCCUUCACCAUCACCGGCAUGUGGAUCGUAUAUGCCAUGGCACUGUCCAACAACCACAUCUGCCCUGUCCACAACUGGAGUUACAACCAGUCCUGUGACAUGGACGGCCCCAGCUCCUGCUGCACGCUGGAUCACAUCCCCCUUGUCAGCAAGUGUGGCACCCUGCCUCCCGAGAGCUGCUUCUUCAGCCUCAUCUGCAGCCUGGGCUCCUUCAUGGUCAUCCUGGUGGGACUGCUGCGCUAUGCCCACCUCCUGGAGCGCCUGGGGCCAUCCCUCCUCAACACCCUGGGGCUGGCCACGGGCUGGGUCUGCGCUGCUGGCCUCACCAUGGUUGGCAACUUUCAGGUGGAUCACGCCAAGGUGCUACACUACAUUGGGGCAGGGGUGGCCUUUCCCACCAGCAUGCUGUUCCUGCUGCUGCAGUCCAUCCUCACCUACCGCAUGGCCAGAACCCGAGGGCAGUACUGGACCGGCCACUUACGUAGCAUCCUCACCACUGUGGCCUUCAUCACCCUCGUCUUCAGUGGUGUGUUCUUCAUCCAGGAGAGCUUUGUGCUGCAGCACGUGGCUGCCUUGUGUGAGUGGAUGUUCAUCAUUGAUGUCCUGGUUUUCUACGGCACGUUCACCUUUGAGUUUGGGGCCAUCUCCACAGACACCUUCCUGGUCCUGCUGAAAGCCAGCCGGGCUCCCAAGAGUUACAAAGGCGAGAGCAGCCUGUCCAGUAUGGCCCACAUCCACAGCCACGUGGAGGGCCUGGCUAUGGCCUGAACCCCACAGGAAGCAGCCCACAGUGGAGACCCCAAACUGGGCUCUGACCCCCCACCCUGAGUAUCUCUGAAAACCCCGCUGCCCUGUGUGUAUGUGUAAGUGUGUGUGUGUGUGCAUGUGCGUCUGCAGUGCCCUCCACUCUCAGCCGGAGCUGUGUCCAGCACUCCUCUGGCAGCUGCUGCCCCUGCAAGAGCUGUCCUCUCCCUGCCCACAGGGUUUGGGGUCACUGCUGUGAUGUGGGGAUGCCAACCUGGUGCUAUCAGCAGAGGCAGGAUCUGCCCCUGAGCCUCUGGGUAGCCUGGUCUGAGUCAGGCAGUCAUACAGAGGCUUGUUCCUGUAAGGGACAUGAGGGAAUAGGGGGCUCACCCUCUCUUCACCACACAAGCCUGGUGUGCUGGAAGGGGGCGAGAGCUGUGUUCUUCCCCCCUUCAUGGGGUAAGGUUCAGCUGAGCAAGCCUUCCAGCUGGCUACUGUGACUGUCAGAGGAGCCAAAAACACAGAGUGCCUUUUCCCUUCCUUGGAAGUGACUGCACUGCCAGCCUGUCUGCAACCCCAGUGAGGAUGACAGCAGGGGAUCUCCCUGCCUGCCUUCCCAGGGGGUGGUGUCUCUGCAGGAUGAUUCCAACUGCCCCAGCUGGACUGUGCUGACCCCCCCAUUCCAGGGCUCUCACUGCUCAGGGCUUCUAUGCCAUCAGUCAAUGACUUUCCCCACAUUUUUUUUCAGCUUUGAGAAUUGCUGAGGCAGGUUUCACCUUCCUGGUCACAGCAUUCCCCUGCUUCCAUCUAGUUUGGGAAAUGAGUCUCCAAAUUUACUGUCAUUCGGGGAUGUCCUGCAGGCACCGUGCCUGCAGAGCAGUGAACUUCCUCUCUGUGCCACUGCCAGCCAGGGAGUGUCCCAGGGAGUGCAGCCAUGGAUAGGGGAAGCACUUCUGUAGGAACAGAGGAAAUGUGUGCUCCAUUCUUCUGGGACUCCCAAAUCCGUCCUCUGGUGCCUUGGCUGCUGCCUGCCUGGCAGGAGCCCAUCCUGCCCAACUGCUGCAGCAUCCUUGGGCUGAGGCACAGCCUGGGGUUGGGGUGUUGAGGGGUGUGAGUGCUGUGUGUGCAUG